AUGCCUCGAGGACCAGAACUAUCACCCUCUACACGAUCGCGAAUCUGCAGCCUUCGUACCGAUGCGAAGUACUCCUACGGUAAAAUCGCAAGCCUUUUCCCCUAUAUCCCACGAAGCACAAUCGUCUCGACCUGCAAGCUUGAGGCUAUUCGUGGUAAAGAGAACGACUCGUGUAAACGCACCGGUCGGCCGAGAAAUCUCUCUGAAGAAGAGCGUGAUACAAUCUAUGAUUAUAUUCAACAAAAACCAAGCUGCCGAUACUAUGAACUUCUCGAUUUAGUGGAUAAUAAAAUCUGCGAGCGUACGCUACGAGAUUUAUUAAAGGAAUUCGGUCUACGCAAAUGGCGAAAGAUUACUCGACCUCAGUUAACCGAAAUCGACGCAUUAAAUCGCCUUGCAUGGGCUGAGAGAUAUCGCAAUUUUACACCAGACGAUUGGGCUCGGGUCUAUUUCUCUGAUAAAACCUCAAUUGAACGUGGUUCGGGUGCAGGUGCUCAGUGGACCUUCGUUCGGCCAAUUCACCAAGCUCAAGAGGGUAAGGGAGAUCCUGAAUCUGCACGCGGUGGUGUUACUUCGAACGUAGUGCAUUCAACCUAUUCAACAUACCUUCCUACGAUCCUAUCGAAUCGAUCUAAUGCAAUCUUUAUGCAUAAUAAUGCAUCAACUCAUACUGCGCAUAUUGUACGCGAUCUCCUUCAAGAGAUAGGUAUAGAAGUGAUACAGUGGCCACCACAUUCGCCAGAUCUAAAUCCAAUUGAAAAUCUCUGGGGAUUGCUAAAGCGCAAAUUACUUGAGUGCUUCCCUGAGCUAUAUGAUAUGCCUAAUAAUGAUGAUACUAGGCGAUAUCUGAUCGAAGCUGCGCAAUCUACGUGGUCGCAAAUCGAUGCAGAUAUCCUGCGCAAGCUUAGUAUUAGUAUGUGCAAUCGUGUGAAGGCAAUUAUUGAGUCUCAGGGGUGGUAUACUACCUACUAG